CACAAACGGUUUGGACAGUAACAGGAGUUGUCGAUGGGCUCCCAUUCAUCACACAGUCUUGCACAACCUAAUGCCAUGGAUAAGUGCUGUAUUAAUGAAUUUGGAAAAAACGCUGUGUGCUCGGCAUGUCAUGAUUUCUGUUAUUCGGCACCAUUCUCCAUCUAGUGAAGAACAAAUCGCUUCAAAAAUACGACUUUAUGCGCGACAUAUUGACCGCAAGAGUGGAGUAUGCUCAUUUUCACCAUCAUUCAUCUCGGAAAUACCAGACAUGCUGAAAAAUCUAUCACUUUCUCAACUAACUUACCACACGUGUGAAUGGCAAAAAUCCGACAAAUUCACAUAGCCCC